CGCGUGUAUCCCUGCGUGGAGUGACGUAGAAAAUAUGCGACACGGCAGAAGAGUAAGUAAGUUCGUGGUUUCUACUUUCGUUUUACUGAAGGUAAGUUGCUCUCUGUCUAAUUUAGGGUUUCUCUAAAGUCUUCAUAUUUCGCUUACUUGCCGUAUCGACAUAUGCAUGUUAUGAAAGUUUAAUUAGUGACAGUUAAACUAUCAGCUGUUCAUAAAACAGCAGCGUCGCGGCAAAGGGUUACUGGUUACCAGCAUCGAUGCCAGGCAAAAAGUCUGCAAAAGAGAAGAAGAGGAAACAUUCCCAUUCGGAGGGUCGCCAUGACGGAGACCGAAAGCGCAGAAGUACGGAAUCGAGCAUGGAGCCCGAUUGCAAGGAGGACAAUGAGCAGCAGGGGACAGAGGAGCCCAGUGACAUCGAGGAGGGUGGCUUAGACCUGAGUGUGUCCUUCAAGCCCAUCAGCGCCUACCUGACGGACAGGCAGGAGAUGCUGGAGCAGUGCCUCCGAGUGUUGGGGGAGAACAAACUCAAGAAGAUGCUACCAGAUGAGCUGAAGAGCUGCACUUUUGCUGAGAUCAAGAACCUCUGCUGGGAGCAGCUGAAGCAGCUUUCACAGAGUAAUCUUCUUCAGAUCCUGGAAGGUGAAGAAGUAUCUGGCUCUUCAGACGCUGAAGAGGACGGAACAAAAAAAAAAAAGUCAGAGACUGACAGCCAGCAGGACAACAACGUCGACUCCACUUCGUCUCUGAAGGAGAAUGUCGAAAUGGAAGAUCUCAAGCAAGGCGGUGGCUCUGGAGAGGAGAGCGACGUCCUGAGCAUCAAUGCCGACACAUACGACAGCGACAUCGAAGGGCCCAAGGAGGAGGUGACGGAGAGGGCGGUCCAGGCAGCGGCCGGUCCAGACCAAGUGAAGCCGGCGGAAGUGCCGAAGUCUGUGGAUUCCAAGAGGGAGCUGCAGAAGGACAUCGAGAAGAGCGUGAGUGAGAUCUUGGCCCUGGGAGUCAUCCCUGGACGGGAGCAGCUCGCAGACCAGCAGCCUCCAGCCGAGGUGGCCACCCCUGCACCCCCUUUACCGACGGUGGGUGUGUCUUCUGGGGUCACUCCCCAGGUAACUCCACCCCCUAAGGCAGCCCUGCCCUCAGCCCAACAGCUGGAGCUUCUAGAGCUGGAGAUGAGGGCCCGUGCCAUCAAGGCUUUGAUGAAGGCUAAUGAAGUGAAGAAGCAGACCUGUACUUGACUGUACCCCUCCUUGGGAGGCGGGACCUUGGCUGUCAUUGGGUGGUGAUGUUGAGCCCCCGGAGGUGGGACCUAGGCUGUCAUUGGGUGAUGUUGUUCAACCCUGGGAGGCGAACCCAUGGACGGUUUAUUUGCCUGGGCAGCCAGGCCAUCUAUAGCGUGGAACUCGACUUUGUCUAACUUUUUUUUUUUGUGUGUUUAUACUUGGCUUAAUUUGUUGCCGUGAUC